UGUGCAGUGAAUCAUAAAAAAAUACCUAUACUGUGACACAUUUGAACUUAGAUUUUAGAUUACAACUAAAUUAGUUAUAAAACAGCUCAGUAGUGCAUGUUCCAAGUUUAUUGUAAUGAUUCAGGUAGUCCUUAAUAAUGUAUCUUUAUGAAUCACAUAAUGAUUCAUAAACAAAAAAAACAACUCUAUGAAAACAAUAUAAAGGAUAGGUUCAGCUGGACUACAUACAGAACUCACACUGUAAAAACAUCUUGGUUGAAGUCCCUGAGUCGAUGUCGGCUGAAGCUUUUGCUGAAGCUCACUGUUGUACUGGGAUCAUUAUGGAUGCUUUAUCUACUCAGUUGGCCUAAAACAGGCUGGAGUCCUACAUACACUCAGAGACCUGGGUCGUUGGAGUAUACAGAUGAUGAUGGCGGUCCAGAGAAAGUGUGUAACUGUUCAGCGAUCCUGCAGGGAGAGAGAGAGGCUCUGGAUCAGGCAAAAUUAUUAAGCAUCACUAAAGACUUCCAGAAAAAUGUUCGCAUCCCAGAUGAGUAUUAUAUUAAUGCAACCCAAGACUGCAGUGAAUUCAGAUUAAGCAGGAAAUACUUGAUGUUCCCGUUAAACCAGGAAGAAGAGGACUUCCCUCUGGCUUACUCUAUUGUUGUGCAUCAUAAGGUGCAGAACUUUGAACGACUGCUGCGAGCCAUCUACGCACCUCAAAAUAUUUAUUGUGUCCAUGUGGACAGAAAAUCAGAGGUCUCAGUCUUCGCUGCCAUCCAGGCCAUUACUUCCUGUUUCCCAAAUGUGUUCAUGGUCAGCAAGGCUGUGAACGUGAUGUAUGGUCACUGGUCACGUGUCCAGGCUGACCUCAACUGUAUGGCUGAUCUCUAUAACAUUAACACAGAAUGGAAAUACUUAAUCAACCUUUGUGGCCAGGAUUUCCCUUUGAAAACCAACUUGGAGAUUGUAAGGAUGUUGCGUUCAUUGAGGGGUGGCAACAGCAUGGAAUCAGAAGAAAUGCCUGAAUAUAAGAAGCAGAGGGUGACAGAUGUUUACCAGAUAGUUGAUGGGAAAAUCCAGAGGACAAGUAAGAAAAAGGGGCCACCUCCAUUCAACCUGCCUAUUUUGUCGGGUAAUGCCUACAUUGCCGUUAGCCGAGGCUACAUCCGCAGCGUGUUGGAGGAUAAUCGAAUACAGACACUGAUCGAGUGGUCCAAAGAUACCUACAGUCCUGAUGAGUUCUUCUGGGCGACUGUUCAACGAAUGCCUGGAGUUCCUGGAUCAACACGGCCCCACCGCAAAUAUGAUAUGACAGACAUAAAUGCAAUUGCACGGCUGGUGAAGUGGCAGGGCCAUGAGGGUCCACAGGAUUCACUGCAGUCGGUAUACACAGAGUGUCAUGGCCACCAUGUCAGGGGAAUAUGUGUGUAUGGUGCUGGAGACCUGCAGUGGAUGGUUGAGCAGCAUCACCUCUUUGCCAACAAGUUUGACACAGACAAAGAUCCCAUUGCUGUCUACUGCCUGGAGAAGUAUCUGAGACAUAAGGCACUGGCUGAUGUUGAUUGGAUGUUGUGAUGUUCCUCCCACUGUCCUGAUAUCAAUGUCAUUUGGUUUGUUUUAUGAUUUGUGUUAACUAAAUUUAAAUGUUUCAUAAAUCACUCUUGUUUUAGGAAAAUCUCUUGUGUGGACUCCCUACUUGUUACAUUCUUUGAUGUUUACCACUCUGUUUGUCAGCAUCUGUCAACUGAAGAGACCAUUUAUGAAAUCUAAUGUUUCCAAUGACUUUCUAGUUAAUUCUGUGUAACAAAUGAACAGCCGAUGUCAGAUUAGAGCUUCCUCCA